AUGCCAACCGUUAUAGAAGAUUUAGGUGGUCCUGUAUUUAUUUAUACUAAAGAGGGUUUGAGUGUUGUAGAUAUAUUUGGCAUACAAGUUACUUCGGGUCCCAAACUUACUGCCGCUCAAUCAUAUGAACUUAUUCACAAUAAAGCUGGAAAUAUUCUUCUUUAU